AAAGGUCGCACAAUCUGUGGGGACUUCCCUUGCGUCACUACCCCUCGACUCACUCAUUCGACCUUUAUCCAUUGCAGUUUGGCAGUGACCAAGAUCUCUUGAAAGCCAGACGCCAUUUCCCCGGUUCGCAUUCCACGAGAUCUUACAACAAACAUAGUCCUCUUGUUCAACUCGAACAUAUCAUCUCUCGCCUGCUGCAUCCACUGGAAUGGCUAUAGUCCCACGCUAGACGCAGCAUCUCUUGAUUUACGCCACCCUUGCACACACCCGAACGGCAUGCCUGCGAAGCCAGAUACCAUUUCACGAUUGUCAGGUACAACAAACGAGUGCGGGUUGAGGUAAUCCUUUUGCAUCUACACCAGUACAGCUGUAUAGUCAGCCAAACCUGGUCCAGAUCAUGGCUGAACUCAAGGACAUAACCUACUCAUCCGAGGAGGCAGAUGCUGGACUCGAGCGCCAACCUUUAACACCUCCCAUCAAUCGCAAAUACCUCCGAGCCAGCCACGACUACCAGCCCGAGCAUACCACCAUAUCCGGCUCUUCAGGUGGCGUCUCUAUCACUGCGCCUCUGCGAGAAGGCGACAUCGUAUUGAUACACCUCACCCACGAGAAUGGCUGGGCCGAUGGCACCAUACUCUCGACAGGAACACGGGGCUGGAUACCAACAAACUACUGCCAGGUCUAUGAUCCGCGACCAAUCCGCUCCCUCCUCCAUGCAUUGACUCGGAUGUGGGAUUAUCUGAGCUUAGGCGUCAACGAUGAAGCACUGUUUGAAGACAGACAGGACUACGUUCAGGGCCUGGUGGCUGGUGUUCGACGCUUGCUUGAGCACUGCGAUUGCUUGCACAGAGACGAUAGUCUGAUCAAAAAACAUGUUGCCUUGCGACGGACACGGAAGAGUCUCCUGGCAGAUCUCUCAACCCUGCUGAAGAACCGCGAGGACAUACACAAUACCUUCUCCGACUCUUCCGACUUGGUCGCAUGGUCUGCUGUCGACCAGCACCUGUCCAAUGCUUUCAAAGUUGUGUGCAGAGCGGCCAGGUUCCUUGACAUUUGGGCUCAGAGCACAUCUCCGAGACACAAACGAUCGAGCAUGCGUUACAGCGAGGCCUUUGAAAGCCCUCGGACAGCAAGAGCCUCUUUACAUGCGGGACUCUCACUCUCUCCACUUGCAGAUGUCGAUGAACAUGCCGCCGAGCCGAACCAUGAUAACUCUGUCAAAAACACUCCAAAGUUUCAGCUCACGGUCCUCGAGUACGACGAGACGGCCCAGAGCGCGAAGAUAGUCGACGAACAAUCUGGUCUGGACAUAAGCUCAGAGAGGCUCCAUCACAUGUUCUUGUAUGGUCCUUCCUCACCGGCUCGGUCUCCGCCUAUCGCCCUUAAAGCGAAGCCCACAAUCGUGAACGCGUUCGCUCUGACCGAAGGCAUCGUGUCUGAUCUCGCGUCUGAACGUCUUACAGCCGCGCAUGAGCAAUUCUUGGGCGACAUCGGUGCCUUCAUUGGUCUCCAUCUGCAGUCUAGGACAUCUCUCGAUUUGGCAACAACGACGCGGCUUUCUAUCAAGGCAGCCAAGGAUCUAUUGCUGGUUGUUAGCGAAAUAUCAGCACGCAACCCCAGUCGAUCUCAAGGCAUCGUAUUGGCCUCCGAGAACAUGAGGAUGAAAUUAGCGACGCUUGCAGAGACUGCGAACCGCUUGUGCAGGAUUCCCGUAGACCAAGAUGACCCGGAAAUUAUAGGAAUUGUGGGCCCCGAGGAUGGUCGAGGACUUGUGACUGCCGCGACCGCUUGCGUCCGAGCGGCAGGUGACUGCACUGCAAAGUCGCGAAAGUUUCUCGACCAUAUAAUUGGCGACUUCUUCCUCUCAUCAAUCAACACCCAGGAUCAACAUCACAAUUCUAGCCCUGUCUAUACAAUCACGCCACCUGUGGAGAUUGUUCCUGGAGAUUAUUCGGAAGUCACUCCCGGUGCCGCUGACCCGCAACAUCGCGAUUCAGCCGAGUGCAAACUCUCAAUACGAGACUUACCACAGAGGCCUGCGUGUCUAUUGCGCUCAGCGACCGAUGAUACCAACAACUUCACUCUCUCUACGGUCUUUCCGGAUGGAAACAUGAGAAGACCGGAUUCUUCUCCACCACUGAUAAAAUGUGAAUCGCCGACAUCACCGACUUCCCCAACCUCGUCUGAGCCACCAUUGCAACCACCACCUCCUGCAAAUGAGUCACCGGAACACUACCAACAGGAUAACAAGGAGCAUUGGACCCCACCUGAUCGGAAAGGUAGUCUGGGAAUGUCUGUACCGGAGAGCUCCAGUGCCUAUCAAGACAGCCUGAGAAACUCAAUCGGCAGUGUUACUUCACCAACAUCGACAAGGGCCACAACGCCUGAUCGAUGCCAACGACAUAUUCGUGCCAACCCCAGUCUUUGUACGUAUGGCAGUGCGUUGAGUAUUGCAACAAGUGCCGAUGGCAGUGAUCACGAUGCGGAGGUUCUGAUAAGAUCACACGCCCAUGAAUUGCUGUACAACAAAGAAGGACAAGUUGUUGGCGGCACUCUAGCAGCUCUUGUCGAGAAGCUUACAAGUCAGCAUGCUCCUCCAGAACCUGAGUACAACAUAGCAUUCCUACUCACGUUCCGGCUUUUCACGGACGGUGUCGAAUUGGCACAAACAUUGGUCACUCGAUUCGAGUACGCUGGAGACUGCAAUACUGACAGCUCUCCUGCACGUCUGAGGGUGUAUAAUUUCUUCAAGACCUGGCUCGAGUCUCACUACCUGGCUGAAAGUGAUGCACCUGCCUUGAAAAUCAUUCACUCUUUUGCAGUCGACCAGCUGAGUCCUCAGUUCUCCGGACCAGGCAAACGAUUGGCUGAACUAGCCAAGAAAGCAUCUCAGGUGAAGCCUUCAAGCACCACAAGCCAGCUGGUCUCUGCCGUCGGCAAAACAUGUGUCUCUUUGGGCACCGACUAUGAAAAGACUAUCAUCCCUCACGCCAACAUCAACAAAGAGCAGCUGUAUCUUCUUAUGGGUGGUGUCUCUACCAAGAAGUUCACCCUCCUGGAUUUGGACGCCGUCGAGGUUGCUAGACAACUCACUGUUAUGGAAUCGAGGAUAUUCUGUGCCAUACAGCCUCAUGAGUUACUUGGCCUCGAGUGGACGAAGAAGAACGGUCGCGCAAAGCACGUUCUGGCUAUGUCGAAAUUCUCGACAAAUCUCACAAACCUUGUUGUCGACACCAUUCUUGCAGCUGACCAGACCAAGAAGCGGGUAGCCAUCUUGAAGCACUGGAUCAAGAUUGCGAAACUUUGCCUCGACAUCGACAAUUACUCUGCUUUGAUGGCAAUUGCAUGUUCCCUCACAACGUCGGCCGUUGCACGACUUCGCCAAACAUGGGACCAACUUUCAGCCAAGACAAUUGCCACCUUCAAUGAGAUCAAAGUGAUUGUUGAUGUAUCACGCAACUAUGCUGUCCUUCGACACCGUUUGCAGACUCCAAAAGCUCCUUGUCUGCCAUUCGUGGGCAUGUAUCUUACCGACCUUACCUUUGUGGAUGCUGGCAAUUCGAACACACGUCCGUUGCCGAACGGGGACGAAGAGGGGGUCGAGUCGAAAACGGUGAUCAAUUUCGACAAACACAUGCGCUCUGCAAGAGUGGUCAGUCAUCUACAACGCUAUCAGGUCCCCUAUCGUCUCCAGCAUGUGCGAGAGAUCCAGGACUGGCUGAAAACACAACUUGACCGGGUGAACAAGAGCGAUCAAUGCACUGUGAUGAGCUUCUGGCGUCGCAGUCAAGCAGUGGAAGCUCGCAGUAAUGGCGAAGAACGUCGAGAAUCAACCGAAGAGAAGGAGAAAAUGUUCAGCAGUGGCUUUGUGGGCAGUAUGCUCAGACCGAAGAACAAAGCGAGCGUAUCAUCCGGACUCAACGCUUUCCUGCACCGAGUCAAGACCGGCGGAUCAACUCACAGCACUGAAUGAGGACGACGCGAUGAGAACAUUUCAUCUUCUCGCUACUAGAAUAAGAAAAGAGACGGACAUGCACAACGCGAACGAGCAUGACAUUAUGGAAUAUACCACUUUCUUUUGGAUUGGCUGGGUGGAGCUUUAGCGAAGAAGAGGAGGGAACAUGAUUUUUUUUAUGCUUACAGUAUCAAUCGACAAGGUGGGAAAGCAGAGUUAAGCAAGAUAUUGUACAUAGUAGCUUAGACGCACCGCUUUAUUAGCAUGAUCAACGACUCUCGUAUGUUUACACAGAUGCAAAUAUUAUCCCGCCU